GUUCUUUCCUUUUCAGGAUUAGAGUCUUGGGUCCAAACUCAUCUUGGGGUUGCAGAGAACUCAUAUAUCUGUGUUUCAUUCCAAAUUUUGUAGCCUGAUUCAAUUGAUACUAAAAAAUAUUUAUGCCUUCAUUCUUUUAACCCUUUUUAUUGAGGGUUACAUGUGAUUAUUUUCAUAAUUUUUUAUAGGAGGUUUUUAUUUUACUCAUAUAUAUCUAUUCUUGUAGAGGUUGGAGAGUGAUUUAAACAAUUGACAUGAACUGCUUAAUCCAAUGUGUAUUCUUGUAGAAGAGCUACUAUUGGUUUGAUUCUUCUUUUGCUUCUUGUUCUUGUUCAAUGGCAAAGUAUUAUUGUAGUAUUUGCAAAUUUUUUGAUGAUGAAAGGUGCAAGGGAAAGAUCAGCUAUACGUUAAAUUUGUUGCAGAGCAGCUGGGCCUGGAUGGUUCAUAUGUUCCUCGUACUUAUAUUGAACAGAUUCAGCUGGAGAAACUUGUAAAUGAUGUUAUGGCACUGCCAGAUGAUUUAAAGACAAAAGUCAGCAUAGAUGAUGAUUUUGCUGCAAGCCCUAUAGAAGCUCUUUCCCGAGCAUCAGCAGAUAGAAGAAUGAAGCAUCUCGGCCGAGGUGUGUCACAAUCAUAUUCAAAUCAGAGAGACAAGACUAUGGCCAAGCUAACUAAACUGGCUGUUAACCACAGAAGGUUUGAUGGAAGGGCCCCAGAUUCACCUGCACCACUUUCAAACCAGGGAAUUAUAACUCAACUUUCUGAACAAAUUUCUACUCUAAACGAAAGGAUGGAUGAAUUUACAUCUCGCAUUGAAGAAUUGAACUCCAAAUUCUCUGUCCGGAAAGUCUCAGCCAGCCAACAAAACUUGGCUAUGCAGGCUGAAACCUGCAAUGGUUCGGGACCCACUUCUCUUUAUGUCACCGGAUUAAGUAAUGGUUCUUUGACUGGUUCACUCCUGCCCAAUUCUUCUUCUUCUUCUCAAUUGACUAAGGAGUCCCCACUGAUGGAAGAGAUGAUGAGUCUGACUGCUGUUUUAAAAUUUGGCAAGAUAACAAUAAUCAAGCUUAGUUUUUAAUUUCUGACUUAGUUUUUAUUUUGUGUUUUGUAGUGUGGUGGAAAGAAUACAUAUACACUUGGUGAAAUUAAUGAAACUCGAAAUGAAUGGGCAGCCAAGCUUCUGGAGCGGAUGAGUCAUAGUUAGAGUAACUUUUGAAAUCAGAAUUAAAAAAUAUACUAAUUGUAGUAUUUAGUUAGUACUUACAUAGUUAUUCCAAGUGUAUAUUUUGAUAUUGUAAUUUUAGAUUUGGAACAUACUGAGUUCUAUUGAUUUUGUCUGCCUAUUGAUUAUGUCUGAACUAUGUUGUAAUUACACAGGAAAUUAUGAAUGAAUAUAGUGGUUGAAAAUAGAGAAAUGAAAAAAUUCUCAUAUUCUACA